AUGCAGAUUUUCGGUAAAAACGACAAUCAUGUCCCUCCGGAGGGAAGGGAUCUAAUCCGCAAGACACUUCAUGAGAAGGGGGUCUUGUUUAGCUUUUAUGAGGUGGCCUGGGCGCAGCAUGCUUUUAUCCGGGAUGAGCUCAGCAAGGGACGUUAUGACCCUGCUAUCACCAAGGUGUGCUUUGAGAUGUUGCUCGAGUUAUUCGGACGGACUCUCAAGCUGGAUUUGGGGGAGCAUGAUGGGAAGGAGUUGGAAAUUGAGGACGUUUGCUAG